AUGGGCAAGGACUUUGGCUUCCCUGGUGGUAGGGCAAAGGGUGUGGAUAGCAUGACUCAGCCCUCUGGGCUCACCAGUGAGCAGGAGGAUUACCUGAAAGCUAGCCUAACCCACAUGGGCCUGGCCUCAGCCCGUCCCACCCUACCAGGGCCCAGUACUCGGCCGCCCGCGGGACUGCGCUGCCCUACCCUGCCAGCUUCGGGGGGCGCCUCGGAAGCUAUGGAGGUCCAGGUUCUGGCUGGAUACCGCGCGCAGAAGGAGGACGAGCUGAGCCUGGCGCCCGGGGACGUGGUCCGGCAGGUGCGCGAGGGGCCUGCACGGGGCUGGCUUGGAGAGCUGGGGGGCCGCUGCGGCCUCUUCCCUGAGCACCAGGUGCAGGAGAUUCCAGAGAACCUGCGGGGCGCCGGGGAGGCGCAAAGACCGCGCUACGCACGCCGCCGAGGUCACCCCGCCAAAUCUCGGGGACCUCAAAGAUGGUGCAAAGUGAAAUUCAACUACAGCCCGGAGCAGGCGGACGAGCUGAAGCUGCAAGCUGGGGAGAUGUUGGAAGUGUUAAAGGAGAUUGAGGACGGCUGGUGGCUGGGGCAGAAGAAUGGGCAGCUGGGAGCCUUCCCAUCUAACUUUGUGGAGUUGCUGGACAGUGGUCCGCCAAGCCUUGGUAACCCAGACGUGCCUUCAAUCAGCCCUUAUCCCCAGCGGCCUUCUAAGCUGAGCAGCUUGACCUAUGACAAACCUCCAGAUUACCUUCAGACAGUCUCCCACCCUGAGACCUACAGGGUCCUGUUUGACUACCAUCCUGAGGCCCCAGAUGAGUUGGAGCUGCGGAGGGGGGACGUGGUGAAAGUACUGAGCAAGACCACAGAGGAUAAGGGCUGGUGGGAAGGAGAGUCUCAAGGCAGGAGAGGAGUUUUUCCUGACAACUUUGUGCUCCCACCACCCCCCAUCAAGAAGCUGCUUCCACGGAAAGUGGUAUCUCGGGAAUCAGCUUUUGUUAAGGAACCAAAAAAGAUGAUGCCCAAAACAGCCCUCCCUACUGUCAAGAAGCUGGUGACAGCCCCCACUGGGCCCAGCAAAGCCAAGCCAUCUUGGACAUCCAGAGGGGACAAUCAGAGGCACCCCUCCCAUGACUCAGGUAAGGGCUGCCUCCCUCCAGAGUGGGGUUCUGGGCAGAGUCUGGUUCCCAGAGGUGUGGUAUGCAAAGGAUCCUACAAAGAGGAGUCAGACUCACACCUGCAAGGUCUCCAGCCCUUAAUCGAGACCUCACCUUCGUCACCACAGGAGGAAGAGCAGAGCAGCCUGGCAAAGGCCUCUUCUGUAAAUAAAACCCCCACUCUGUACAAGACCCCGAAAUCAGAGAAGACCCAGUAUCCUGAUAAGGCUCCUACACCAGAGAAGACUAGGACUCCUGACAAAGUCCCCACCCCAGAGAAGACCCCAACCCUGGACAAGACCCCCACCCCAGAGAAUACCCCGAAACUGGACAAGACCCCCACACCAGAUAAUGCCCCCACCCCAGAAAAGACCCCAACCCUUGACGAAGUUCCCACCCCACAGAGGGUCUUUUCUAUGGAUGAGGCCCCUGCCUUAGAAGUCCAACCUGAGGAUGAAGCCCCUGGCCCAGAGAUGGCCCCUCCUGGGGAUAAACCCCUCGCUCUAGACAAGAUCUCGACCCAGGAGCAGGUGCUGUCCAAAGAAGCACCCUGCACCAGACACAACACUCAAUUCCAUCACUUCUCCCUGGAGGAAGCCCUGCAGAAGGUCAAAUCCCUUGUGACCACGGAGGCUCAAUCCCAAGAGGAAGUCCAUGUGCCAGAGGAGCCCCUGUUAUGGCCUUACACCCCAGGGUGUAACUUCUGCGUGACCAAACCCCACCUCGAUGAGAGAGACACCUCCCCACUCCAGCCUGAGCUUAAGUCCAAACCAGAGUCCAUGCCCACCCCUGACAAGGCCCACCCCUCAAAAGAGGCAGCACCCCUCCUACAGGAGACACCUGGGGAAGAUGAGGCUACCUGGAAAGAGGAGACAGCCCCAAAAGAAGAGGCACCCCCAAAAAGGGAAGUGUCUCCCAAAGAGGAGGUCCCCCCCACCGAAUUAGCCCCUGCCGGAAAGAAACCACAUCCCAUCAAGCCGACCCCGGACCCCCAAGAGACUCCCUCUCUCCAUUCCCGGGUCCCUGAAAAGCCCACAGAAAGCAAAGAUGACAGAGUCGACGUAGUGAGGCUAAAGGACGAGGUGGAGUCUCUAAGGAGGUCUCUGGAACUGAUGGGGGUGCAGCUGGAAAAGAAGCUGACCGGUAUCCGGGAGGAGUUGAAGACCGAGAGAGAGCAGCGCCGGUUGCUGGAGGUUCAGAUACUGCAGAGGACCCAGGAGUCCCCGACUCGGGACUACAUCCACUCGCAGACGCAGACGUACUAAGUGUGGGCCUGGGGAGGACCACAGCCCAACCUGGAAGGAUGUCUGGCUUUGGCCACCCAC